GAAACAACAACCAACAAAAAUAUAAAACUACAAACAAAAUGCUCUCUCUCCCGCUCUCUUCCCUCCAAUUCCCAACUCAAAAUCUCCCGUCUCCUCUUCCCUCCAAAACAACCAUCACCUCUCCAUCUCACCUCAAACAACUCCACUCUCUCCUCAUCAAAACAAACACCCCUCUCCCUACCCUAAUCCCCUUCACCCAAAUCCCCUCUCUGUGCUUCCCUUCUCACUUCCAUUAUGCCCACAAAAUCCUCUGUCUCCAUUCCCCGAAACCCGAGAUCCUCCAUUGGAACUCCUACCUCAACACUCUCUCCUCAAACCCUUCUUCCUCCCUCGAAGCCCUUCGUCUCUUCUCUUGCCUUCGUGAGCUCGAUCUCCUCCCCAAUUCCUUCACCCUCUCCUUUGCCCUCAAAGCCUGCUCUCAAAUCCCCGAUGGUAUUUUCAUCGGUAGAUGCAUCCAUUCAUUGAUUGUGAAGCUUGAGUACCAAUCUGAGGUGUUUUUAGUUAAUACCCUUGUCAACAUGUACUCACGUUAUGGCGGUGAGGAUGAUGCUUUGCUUGUGUUUGAUAAAAUGGCAAUUAGAGACGUGGUAUCUUGGAAUAUUAUGAUUACCCAUUUUGUAAAAAAGGGGGAAAUUGUGCUUGCGAGGGACUUUUUUGAUAAAAUGCCAGAUAAGAAUAUCCGGUCUUGGACAGCAAUGAUUGCGGGCUACGUGCAAGCAAAGAAGGCAAAGGACGCUAUUGAAUUGUUUCGAGAGAUGGAAGAGAUUGGGGUAAGGGCUAAUGAGGUUACAGUCGUUGCAAUUCUAGCAGCUUGUGCAGAUUUGGGUGAUCUGGAGUUGGGAAAAAGGGUUCAUGAAUAUUCGAAGAGAUCCAGGUUUGGAAAUAACGUCAGGGUUCAGAACACGGCGAUUGAUAUGUAUAUCAAGUGUGGUUGUGUUGAGCUUGCGCGAAAUAUGUUUGAUGAAAUGACAGAGAGAACGGUGGUAUCAUGGUCAGCGAUGAUUUGUGGCCACGCAAUGCAUGGGCAAGGAGAGGAGGCAGUUAAGCUCUUUAAGACCAUGACUCAACUGGGUGUUCAGCCAAACGGUGUCACCUUCAUCGGUAUCUUGCAUGCUUGUAGCCACAUUGGAUCUGUCGAUGAAGCGUGGAAAUUCUUUACAAAGAUGACUGAGGAGUAUGACAUAGUUCCCGAGAUUGAACAUUAUGGAUGCAUGGUUGAUCUCCUAAGUAGAGCUGGUCAGCUCGAUGAAGCCCUUGACUUCAUCAACACAAUGCCAAUCAAGCCCAAUAGCAUCGUGUGGGGAGCUCUAUUAGGUGGAGCUAGAGUGCAUAAAAGAGUCGAUAUAGGAGAAGAAGCUAUUCGCCAUCUCAGAAAAUUAGAUCCACUUAACGAUGGUUAUUAUGUUGUUUUAUCGAACAUAUAUGCAGAGGCUGAUCGAUGGGGGGAUGUUGCGAAAAUUCGAAUGUCAAUGAAAAACUGUGGAGUCAGAAAAACGCCUGGUUGGAGCACUAUAACAGUUAAUGGAGAGACGCACGAAUUUGUUGCUGGUCAAAUCGGGCACCCGAGAAUGGAAGAAAUUUGCAAGAAAUGGGAAGAAUUAGUGAAGAAAAUGAGGGCAAGAGGGUAUACGCCAGAUACUUCAGUUGUGAUGCUUGACAUAGAGGAUGAGGGAGAAAAAGAGAAGAUUUUGUUUCGGCAUAGUGAGAAGCUGGCUUUGGCUUUUGGAUUGAUGAGUACUCCACCAGGAUCAGUGAUUAGGAUUAUGAAGAAUUUGAGAGUUUGUAGUGAUUGUCAUAAAGCUUUCAAGUUGAUAUCGGAGAUUGUUGGUAGGGAGAUUGUGGUAAGGGACAGGAAUCGAUUUCAUUGCUUUAGGGACGGCUCAUGCUCUUGUAAAGAUUACUGGUAGGUAUAUAACGUGAACCUAAAAAAAUAGAAGCUGAUUGAAGCAGUUCGGUGUGGU